GCUUCUUCGACCCCUCAAACCAACCAACAAGUCCACCUCAUCGCAUCCACAACGCCACACACAGCCAGCCGUGAAUAUGUCCGCUGGCGGGAGAGGAAUACAUCUCUUGAUAUGGCUGUGUGUGUUUACGGUGGUAUGCAUAGUGAUCAUAUCGCUGCGUUUCUGGGCGGCGGCGAUUGCUAGACGCAGAAUAUUUCCUGACGAUGCCAUGAUUGUAUUCGCUCUUGCCAAUACCAUCGCAUUGGAAGGGGUUGUCAUUUGGGCCAUCUUUAAUGGGCUAGGCAAGCAUACGACCGAGCUUAAUUCGUAUGAAUUCGGAGUCCAGUUCAAGCUUAUCCUCGCCAGUGGAGUAACAUGGCUUCUUGGUACGGUCUUUAUUAAGUUUUCGGUUCUCUGGCUAUAUACGAGGGUCUUCAGCACAAAAGAAUUCAAGAGACAGGCGCAUAUAAUGAUGGGGGUUGUUGGCUGCUACGGCAUUGCCUUUUUUGUCCUAUUCAUGACACAGUGCCGACCUAUAGACCAGCAAUGGAACCCGCACCCGGGAGGAUCAUGCCGUGAUCUCGUUAUCCAAGAGCUGACUUCGGUGUCACUAAACAUGAUUAUCGACAUUAUAAUUGUAUUUCUACCUCUGCCGGUCCUCUGGAACCUUCAGCUGGCGACACGAUCGAAGUUGGUGGUUUCUGUCAUGUUUAGCAUCGGUCUCAUCACUAUUGGUGUUAUGGCAUGGCGACUACAAUUCACCAUUGCGACUCUCCACGAUGCCGACUUCGUCUUCAAUCUCUACGACAUUGGAUUGAUCAGUCUCCUCGAGUUAUGGCUUGGAGUGAUUGCUGCCUGCAUUCCCACUCUUGGGCCGCUUCUCAAAAGUUAUGUUAAACCGGCUCUCACGAAAUUAACGAGCCCAUCCGAUCGAGCUACUCGCAGCCAGAGUGCAAAUGCAUCCAAAGUCGACAGCAAGACUGGGCUUCACAGCAAGAAACAUUAUAGCCAGAUUGAAGACGGCUUCGAUAGCGGGUUUAGCCAGUUGAAUGGAAUGGAACUCGCAUCCGUAACUACGAAAAUCGAAUCUGGGCCGGGGAUCAAGGCUAUGACAGACACGCGGGGCGUGAUUUAUGUCCAACAUGAAAUCGAAGCAAAGUAAUGGCUACACAAAUGAUACCAAUGUAUAUUUUAGAAGUUAAUAUGUAAAUACCAAUGCCGGUCUGUUGAACAUACCUGCUUAAUUUCAUACAGUUAAACU